GGGAGGAGCCAGGCCGAGGAGGGGGACGUCCCGGAGCGGCUCUGCCGGGAUGGGAAUCUGAGAAGAAGGGGGAACGAGUCGGCGGCGGGAGGAGGGCGGCUGCGGUUCUGCCGCGGGUGCGGGCCCCCGCCAUGGAGCCGGUGACCAGGUGGAGCCCGAAGCAAGUGGUGGACUGGACGAAGGGCCUGGACGAUUGCCUGCAGCAGUAUGUCCAUAAAUUUGAACGGGAGAAGAUAAAUGGUGAACAGCUGUUACAGAUUUCUCACCAGGACCUCGAAGACUUGGGUAUCUCACGGAUUGGACAUCAGGAACUGGUUCUAGAGGCUGUGGAUCUCCUGUGUGCACUGAACUAUGGCCUUGAAACAGACAAUAUGAAGAACCUGGUUCUCAAGCUGCGAGCGUCAUCCAACAAUCUGCAGAAUUACAUUAGCAGCCGUAGAAAAAGUUCAAAUUAUGAUGGAAAUACCUCUCGCAAGCCCCCCAAUGAAUUCCUUACUUCUGUGGUAGAGCUUAUUGGUGCUGCUAAAGCCUUGCUUGCGUGGUUGGACAGGACCCCAUUUACAGGUAUUGCUGACUUUUCAUCAAUGAAGAACAGAAUCAUUCAGCUCUGCUUGGAUCUCACUACUACUGUUCAGAAGGACUGCACUGUGGCUGACAUGGAAGAUAAAGUUCAGACUGUAGCCAAGACUUUAAAUGGCAUUUGCGAUAAAGCCAUCCGAUCAACUACAGAUCCAUUGAUGAGCCAGUGUGCGUGUCUGGAGGAGGUUCAUUUAACCAACAUUAAACCUGGGGAAGGCCUGGGAAUGUACAUCAAAUCAACUUAUGAUGGAUUACAUGUAAUUACUGGAACUACAGAGAAUUCCCCUGCUGAUCGUUCUCAGAAGAUUCAUGCUGGUGAUGAAGUGAUCCAGGUUAAUCGGCAAACUGUGGUUGGAUGGCAACUAAAAAACCUGGUGGCAAAGUUGCGAGAGAAUCCUGCUGGAGUUAGGCUGCUGCUUAAGAAACGUCCCACCGGCUCUUUCCAUUUCACUCCUGCUCCACUAAAGAACCUGCGCUGGAAACCACCCUUGGUCCAGACCAGCCCUCUGCCAACUUCAACCCAGUCACCAGAAAGCACCAUGGAUACCUCACUGAAAAAAGAGAAGCCAGCCAUUUUGGAUCUGUACAUACCACCUCCACCAGCUGUUCCGUAUUCUCCUCGAGAUGAAAAGGGGAGUUUUGUAUAUGGAGGAGGCAACAAACUCAGUCAGCCACUACCUGGGUCCAAGGGCGCCGAGUCUCCCAAUUCUUUUCUGGAUCAGGAGAGUCGAAGGCGAAGGUUUACUAUUGCGGAUUCGGAUCAGUUGCCUGGGUAUCCCAUCGAAGCAAAUAUCCUACCAGCCAAGAUGCGGGAAAAAACACAGUCCUAUGGAAAACCUCGUCCUUUGUCAAUGCCUGCGGAUGGGAGCUGGAUAGGAGCCGCAGAACCUUUCUCCAGGCCACGAGCACCAGGGAGAAAAGGUGAAGAUGUCCUCUGCAGGUACUUCAGUAAUGAAAGGAUACCCCCAAUCAUUGAAGAAAGCCCCUCCACACAACACCCCCUCUCAAGGCCAGUGUCUGAUAAGCAUUUAGUGAGGGGAACGGAUUAUAUUCGAGGCAGCAGGUGUUUUAUGAAUGCAGACCUCCACAACAGUGCAACAAUUCCUUUUCAAGAGGAAGGUGCUAAAAAAUCCUCUGUUACAUCAUCCACAAAAUCUUCCUCUGCAGAGCCUUCGCUGCUGGUCAGUUGGAUCACAAGACUGAAAUUGUUGACUCAUUGACUAUUGUUCACAGGACUGCUACCAAGUGCCUUUGCUCAUCAGUCAGACUUCUCUACUUUUCAGCUUAACUGAUGCAUAGUGACUAAUGCAGUGUUCUUUUCCUGGAGAAUCUUACAUUUUUUGCUUCUUUGUUUGUGAUUUUUUUGAUGGAUCAGAGGGUUUCAUAGUGCAAGGAGGGAAGAAAGAGAAGGAUCAAGUUCCUCUUUGUGGCCAAAAGCUGAGAACAUUUAUUCCCCUGGAAAUGAGUAAAAUUUCAGUGAUAUGGAGGCACAUGUCACCCGAAAUCUGCAUACUGACUCAGAGGAAAUCAUUGCAUUACCGUUAAGUCCAGUGGCACUUCGUUGUCUGAAUGCUCAGAGGCUGGUGCAACUGGUUGGUGUCAGAGUAUGUAGAGCUCAGCAAAAGUUGUGUUACUCUCCUGACCAGGAAAGAUAAGCAGGGAAACAGCAGUUUCGUGCAAAUUAGUGAUGCUGUUGCAAGUACUGCAUGAGAUCAACCUUGUGAGGAAGAAUUACUAGUGUUGCCAUUCUUUCUCUGAUAUCCAGAGAUCUUAGGAAGUCUUAGGAAGAGAGUUCUCUUAUUCAGAGAUCUUAGGAAGUUGGACUAAUUUAAUUAUAAAUCAAUCCAAUCUGAUAUAUAAUCCAUUUUAUUGAAAUCACAGUACAAAUAAAGAGUGCUGAACAGCUGCAGUGCUCAUCUGUAAAGAUAUAUGGAUUGCUACAAUAUGCCAAGGAAAUGCAUCUGUAGAGGUGGUAAAAGAAUAUAUAUUUUUUUCCUUAAUUGUUUAAGAAUGAUUUGCUGUUAACCAAAGUAAGCUUUUAAAGACAGUCCUGUUGGACUUUUGAGAACUUUUACAGAGGUUCAGUUUUUGAAUGAUGUGUUGUUUUUAUGAAAAAUAUGUGCUAUUAUACAUUACAAUUGUAAGACAUCUUGCUAUUUUCUAUAUAGCUCAAACCUUUUCCCCUCCAGAAUUUUAAAGUAGCAUUGGGUAUUUUGGGAGGAAAAUAAAACUUGUUUAACAAAAGAAGAGGAUAUUAAAGAGGUAUUGUUUAAAACUGAAUGUACAUAAGAUUGUUAGUAUGCAAACAGUUGUGUUUAAAGUAAUUUAAAUGUUAAAUAUAGUUGUAUAUAUUUUUUUCACUUAAACAGAUACAGUUUGUACCUUCCUGUCUGCGGUACUGGGCACAGGUUAGUCAAAUGAAAAGAAAAAGAAAGUCUCUUAUAUUCAUCACUAAUGAAUUAUAAGACUAACUAUUUUUGUAGAUGAUGCAUUGCCAACAGCCUUUACUCCUUUGGUCUUGCUGAAGAAAAGAAGAAUAAUUUGUAUUUAAUAAUUGAUGGGGAAGGAGGGAGGUUAAACACUAGCUUGCACUUUGGACUGAGGCAGGAAUCAUAUGCGAUAACACAAGUGUUAAAACCAUACCAUAAUUCUGGCUGUGAAGAUGUGACCACUCCGCUGCAACAAGUUAAUGAAGGUGUGCUGCAGCCCUGCAGAGACCCAAGGUGUUAAAUUAUGUUCUCAAUUAAUUAUGUUUGAUUCUGACUUACUGGUGAUUUAGGUUGGGCCUGGUUUGGAACUUCUGGAUAAAAGUAGAUUAUAAUAUGGCUGUCUUGUCCCACUCUUCUCCACCCCCCUGAGGCGGCAGUCUGUACUAGAGAUGUGGCCAAACACAGCUGCAGUGUGUUGAGUCCUAGACCAAGACCAGUUUGGUCCUGCCUCUGAGGAGAGGGAUGAAACUGUCAUGUUGUAGGCACUGUGUUGUAAUAUAGUCCAGCCCCAAACUGACUGAAUUGUUUUAAUUUAAUCUACUUCAAUAACUUUGAUUUAAAGUCAGAGAUGUUGUCUAAACAAGGCUCUAAAAUAGACUUUUUGCUUGUCUUUAUUGUCCUGUAUUCCAUGGUUUAAAAAUGAAUGGGGAAGGAUAUACUUUGGUGUAUGCAUUCAUGCGUGUUGGUGUGGAAGAAUUUAUGGUUGCACUCAGUUUCUUUGGGUUGUGCCUGGGCACAUCUUAAGACACUGAAUUUUCCUGCCUUUCUUUGGUGAGGUUGUCUUGAAGUUCUAGGCAUAGUGAAAUAAGCUUGGCCUAAUGAAGUAGACUUAAAUCACUGCAGCUAUAAAGCAAGAGGAAUUUGUAAGCAUUUAGGCAAUGACACUUUCAAAAUCUGCCUUGUUGCCUAAAUACAAGCUAAUUUCUUCACCCUUCCCCCCCCCCCCCCCCCCCAAAAAAAAAAAAGACCCUACAACCCAACAGCCCAACAAAUCCAACCAACCAAUGUUCUCUCCAUGCUCCAGCAUCCUAACCAUCCUGAGUUAAGGUACUGAACUGAACCUUCUGUCAGUCAGUCAUACAGAUACCAAGAAUUGAUUGUCCCGGGAAAGCGUUGCCUGGCUCUUACGAACAGUGGAAACAGAGGUACUUUUCUGGAAAUUACCAGAAGUGGUAUUGCAGUUUCACAGAAUUACAGAAUGGUUGAGGUUGGAAGAAAUCUCUGGAGGUCGUCUGGUCUAACCCCCCUGCUCAGGCAGGGCCACCUGGACUUGGUUGCCCAGGACUAUAUCCAAAUGGUUUUUAAAUAUCUCCAAACUCCACAAUCUCCCUGGGCAACCUAUGCCAGUGCUCGGUCACCGUCACAGUAAAAAAGUGUUUCCUGAUGUUCAGAGGGAACCUCCUGUGUUUUAGUUUGUCUGUUGCCUCCAGUCCCAUCACUGGGUGCCGCUGGAAAGAGCCUGGCUCUGUCGUCUUUGGACUCUCCCUUCAGGUAUUUAUACACAUCGAGAAGAUUUCCCUGAGCUUUCUCUUCUCCAGGCUGAACAGUCCCAGCUCUCUCAGACUUUCCUCAAGGAGAGGUGCUUCAGUCCCUUCCUCAUCUUGAUGUCACUUCAGUGAACUGUCUCCAGUAUGUCCAUGUCUCUCUUGUAGUGGGUAACCCAGAAUUGGACACAGUACCCCAGAUGUGGCCUCACCGGUGCUGAACAGAGGGAAAGGUUCACCUCUCUCAACCUGCUGGCAAUACUUUGUCUAAUGCAGAUGAGUUUCCAGUGUAAAUUAGCCAAGAUCAUUGAAAACACAGUUGUACAUGGUUUUGCAAUCAAAAAGGCAAAUAAUAUUGGGGGGUUUUUUGCCUCUCUUGAGCUUUAUUCAUCACUGUUGAUGGACUUUUGGCCAUUGGAGUGUAUGUAUGCAGAAUAAAUGUAGCAGAAAACGA